AUGAGUGCAUCCAAACCCCAGAAAAGUUCGGUGAGAAUCGGACACUCUCUGAAUAAGAACGAGGAAGAGUUUGUAAAGAGAAGGAAAGACAUCGUUCUAAAAUGCCUUGAGACGCUCGAUAUAAAGUGUAGUCAGCAGGUGCCAAAUAUUGCACUACUGGGUUCUGGAGGAGGAGAACGAGCCAUGGUGGGUUUACUGGGAUCCCUGGAUCAACUUGGUAAAGCAGGUCUUCUGGACUGUUUCCUCUAUCUGAGUGGAGUCUCUGGAUCUACAUGUACUCAAACAUGGUUGAAUUUACAUAGUAACACACUCGAUGAAGAAGGUCUAUUUGAAGUAACAAACCCCUGGUUUGAGAUCACUCCUCAUGAAGCAGGUUAUUCCCUCUUUGGAGCGUUUGUGGACGUCUCUGAGUUUGGCAGUCAGUUUGAAAAAGGCUCAGAAAUUAAAAACCAGCCUGAAAUGGACAUGCUCUACCUACAAGCUCUGUGUGGCAGCGCUCUUGCUGAUGGAGAUGAGAUUUUGAAAUUCCUUUGGGAAAAGUUAAAAGAAUUCUUUGGUCAUUCCAAAUCUACAAAUAUGUUUGAGGAAAUGCAGAAAGAUCCAGGAUCUCCACCUGUGGACAUUGGCUACCAGGUGCUCAUGGAUCUUGUGGACAAGAAUCUGAGUGUUUUGAAUGGCAUCGACCCGUCUCCUUACGAUACAGACAUAAGAGAAAAACUGGCAGAACGUUCUGGAGGCAAAUCUCAGCUGAUUUUUGAUGUUGGAAAAUUCGAUCUCACUGACAAAGUGGCCGCAAAAUUGUACAUGAAGCAAUACACAGAGGAUGUAUGCAACUAUUUGAGUGCAUGGAUCAGUUUCUGGCCAUAUGAUUGUUGGAUGAGCAUUUGUAAAUGCAUGGCUGGGUCGAUCUGGGGCAGGAAAUAUAACUUUCUCUACAACACCACAGAUGGAUCAGUGCCCUCUGUUCUGCAGACAAGUGAGAAGAGAGACUAUGAGGAUGCUGGACUGUUGCUCAACUCACCGUUCAUCUCAGUGUUGAGAGAAGAGAGAGAGAUUGAUCUCAUUAUUUCUCUGGAUUUCAGCGAUGGUGAUCCUUUCCUGACUGUGAAGGAAGCCACUAAGGAAUGUGAGGAACUAAACAGGCCUUUCCCAAAAAUCAUCAUACCAAGUGAGGAAUUAUUAAACCCGAAGGACUUCUAUGUGUUUAAAGGCAAAGGGAAUGCUCCAACCGUGAUACACAUUCCACUCUUAAAUACCGUCAACUGUGGAGAUAAACUUGAGGAAAUGAGGAUGAAAUAUAAAACCUUUCAAGGGUCGUACAGUGAAGAGAUGAUCAUUGAGCUCAUGGAGCUUGCUGGGAAAAACAUCACAAAUAACAAAGAGAAACUGGUGGAAGAGAUUCGUAAAGCAGCCAAAUGA